CUAGGCCGCUCUUCAAAGUCCACUACAUCCAAGCCUGCACACCUAGCAUAUCGAGCUAGGGAAACGCCACGUUAUAGUAGUGGAGCACUGCCAGUUCGUGCAAACCGCGGAGCCAUGGCGCUCCGCCUCGAGCCUUGGAUCUUGAGCCUUGUCUUGAACCUUGGACCUCGCCACUAAAUCGGACUUCUGCACCACGACCUUUCUAGGUUGCAGCGGGCAUAAGCCCGCAAUUGCCACUAAGGGCAAUUACCUUUCGUUCGUGGGAUCACCAAUCGGUUUCGCACCAAUCUUUCGCCUUUUGCAUAAUUGGGCUUUUUAUCCGGAUUCGUACCCGGGUCCCUUCUGCCACACCCACGAUGGCGGCGAAAUGGCGGCGGCGCUGCCUGCCUCCUGGCGGGAGGGCACCAUCACGCUCAUUUUUUUUUUUGAGGAAUCAUCAAGGGCAAAAGCCUGGACCGCGCCGAGCUGGCGUCCUACCGGCCCAUCACGCUGCUCAACUGCGACUUCAAGAUGGUGUCCAAGGCCGUCAGCGCCCGCCUGCAGCCCGCCCUGGAUGCAGUUGUGGAUGAGCUGCAGACCGCGUUCAUCACCGGCCGCUGGAUUGGAGACAACGCGCUGUACCUCCAAGGCCUGAUCGAAUGGAUGCGCCUGGACGUGGGCGCGGACGGCACGCCACGGCAGGGUGGUGCGCUGUACUUCUUGGACAUUGAAAAGGCGUAUGACCGGGUGCACCGGCAGUGGCUGUAUGCGUCCGCGGAGGGACUUGGGUUUGGGCCGCGCAUGCUGCGCUGGAUCCGCCUGAUCACUGCCAACGGCUCUGCCCGCGUGUGUGUGAACGGGAUGCUCUCUGACGCCUUCCCAGUGCUGAACGGCUUGCCUCAGGGCAGCACCGCCUCACCACCCCUGUGGGUCAUCCAGAUGCAGCCACUGACGUCCUUUCUGCGGCGGCAGGUGGAGCAAGGGGCACUGCGCACGCCCCUGUUACCCAGCGGCGAGCAGGCGCCACCGGCUGCCCACCACGCUGACGACACGACCCUCACGGCGCGCGACCCGGCGGUGGACGGGCCGGUCCUGAUGGCGGCAGUACAGCUGUUCUGCCGCGCGUCCAACGCCCGUGUCCAUCCGGACAAGAGCAAGGCCAUGGGCCUUGGCAGGUUUGCGCACCUGACGGGCCCUUGCCCACACACGGGGGUGCCGUUUACCACUGGCGCCGUGACGCACCUGGGUGUGCCCCUGUCGUGGGACUCGGAUGCGGCUGCAGCUGACUUGUUCACCCGGCGGGCUCGCGGCAUGGCGUUUGUGGCGCGUCUGUGGGCUGCCCUGUCUCUGACUCUUGUUGGCCGUGUGCACAUUGCGAAGCAGGUGCUGGCGGCGAAGCUGGCCUACCACUUCAGCUUCCUCAACCCGUCGCCUGCGCAGCUGAAGGAACUCACCGACCUGGUGGACCACUUUGCUGCGCGCUCCAUGCACGCUGAGGACGCCAGCCUGGUGUCGCACGGGAACCCGCUCCUGCUGCCAAAGCGGGAAACGGCCUGUCUGCCGUACAAGGAUGGGGGUGUCAACCACGUCGACCUGCCUGCGUUCCUGUCUGCCCUGCAAGCUAAGACUUUCGCCCUCCUUGCCCAGCCAGGCCGGCAACCCUGGAAGAUGCUCACCCGGGCGCUGCUUACCCAUGUGCGCCCGGACUCCGCCACCACGUGGGCGUGGGUGUACAGCGACGCGCCGGCGCCAGCGGGGCUGCCUGCCCGGCUGGCGGCCGCGGUCGGCCACCUUCUCACCGCACAGCUCAAGGCGGCUAAGCUGGAGCACUUUGUUGCCAUCUGGACGGCGGGUGGCGCGCUUUGUGAAGUGGAGGAGGUUCAGGGCUAAUCGGUUACCGGACAAUGCGAUUUAAUUAAGGGACAAUUUGUCCGGUAAAGUAGAGUCCGGUAGCUUUCAGGCAUUGUCCGGUAGAGUCGCGCACCAAUGUCCGGUAGGGCAGCGCCAGAUUGUCCGGUAGAUUUCAAGCAUUGUCCGGUAGGUUUCAGGCAUUGUCCGGUAGGUUUCAAGCAAUGUCCGGUAAGGUAGUGCACCAAUGUCCGGUAGGGUAGUGCACGAUUGUCCGGUAGAUUUCAAGCAAUGUCCGGUAGCUUUCAAGCAAUGUCCGGUAAGGUAGCGCACCAAUGUCCGGUAGCCUAGCCAGCAGUACAAGCAGGACGCGUCCCACCGUCUUUUGUGGUGUCUACAGACACCGUUGCAUGUCCUGUCAUUCUAGUCAUUCCCUUGUCAUGUAGCAGCGGCUCCCCUGCCCUUGUUCAACCCUGUUCACAUACCCUUUUUGCUUGCUCCUGGGUCCCUUUGGCUACCUCGUCGCGCUCCUUUGGCCCCAUGCGCCUCCAUGCUUGCGCACAUAUCACCUGCAUACACAGCACCACCAGCGUUGCAACAGGCAUGGUGACAUGCAGCACAUGCACCGAUGCCUAGCGCGCAGACCAAGGUUGACAUGAGGAUAUGGCGGCCGGGGAAUUGUAAGCAGAUAUUUCCAUGCAUAAGCGAUUGAAACUAUUAGGACCCCGUGCGAAAGCGCAGGCAGGGCAAACGCAUGGUUGUUGACCGUGACAGCAAAACACGUAGACGCUUUGAGCUUUGAGCUGAUACAAUGCGAGUUCUCAGUCAGAACGUUACAUUAUCGGGCUGUGAGCCUGUUUGGCCUUGAAUCUUGUGCAGGUCGGCGAUGGUCAGCGAUAAAGGCCUCCACUUUGACCAAGUUUGUAGCACCUCCGCCAACCCCUCAAGCAUGCUCGCAACCUUGUGUCUAACAUUGUUGCUAUGAAAUAGCAUCGUGCAGUAUCAUAGAGGGUUUGUGAACGUGGAACACUGCAUGCCGAUAUCGCUUGCAACGGCGGUGAUAGGCUGUAACAGCUCAGCGAUACAUUUAACAACUUGUAAGUAUUAAAUCUG